AUGUGCAAGAUGAAUAUUGUUUGUUUGACCGCGUUGUUGGUACUACUACACUGGGAUUCUCAUCGACUACUUGUAUCGGCGCAGCAGACGUGUAGCAUUGCAGACUGUUCUGUGUGUAGUGGGACAACGUAUGUGUGUUCAGUGUGUCCAACUGACCAUAGGAUUCCAGACAAUGUGACUGAGCUCGCAAUUCUACCUAUAACAGGACCCUGUUCAUUUUUGGCAUCAGCGCACACGCUUGCUGCGAUACACCUCAACAGGUUUACCAAUCUACAGACACUCAUCCUUGAUGGCAUCAGCCUGCUUAAAUUCGCUGGGAAUGUGUUCGCACACAACACAAACUUGAACAGACUGUCAAUGGCUAACAACAUACUUCCAGGCACCGGGAGCUCUAUAUUUCAGCCACUGGUUAACCUCGAGGACAUCGACUUGUCAAACAACAACAUAUCUUUACUACUGGACAAUAAUUUUGCAGCUCUAACUUCGCUAAAGACAUUGAACCUUGCUGAAAACAAACUGACUUCUCUAACAACAGCCCAUUUUCAAGGAUUAGGAAAUCUGGAGACUCUAAACCUUUCCUCCAAUCCAGUAACGACAAUAGAACCGGACUUUUUCAAAUCACUAGGGAAACUGACCACGAUUCUCAUGAACAAUAUGUCCUUGACAACAAUACCAUUUGAAUUAUUUAAAGACAUUUCUUCAUUGAAAACUUUAGACAUCAGAGAUAAUAAAAUCAACAAGAUAACACGCCAAAUGUUCAGCGGUGUGGUUGCAGAGACCCUAUACCUUGCAGGUAACCCUAUAUCUGAGAUUGAAGAGGAAGCUUUCAUGUCAGCAACAGUAAAGACUCUAGAUUUAAGCAACCUGCAAUCUUCUCUUCAAAUCAACAAAGGUGCCUUCACUGGAUGUAACAUAACCAACCUGAAGCUUGCAGGAAACGGACACACCCAAAUGUAUAUUGAAGCUGAUGCUUUCAAGAGAUGUAAAAUUGACAAUCUUAAUUUUAGCCAAGCUGGGUUAAAUCUCCUUCCAGCCUCCAUGAAGGACUGGAUCACAAGUAAUAAUGUCAAUAUCGAUCUGAGCGGAAACAUGCACUGGAGAUGCGAGUGCGAUCAACUCUGGCUGGCAGAGUAUCUUCUGGACCAUGCAACAAGUGAACCGCCAACGUGUAGGGUUCUUUCAAUUUACGCAAAUUCCACGCUAACAUCCAUUAUACCACAACUGAAAAGCAGCUGUUUACCUAGUAACAGCACCACAACUACACCAAUGGCAACAGCAAACGAGGCUCCCACAUCUACAACAACUACAACACGAAUCAACCAUAUGCCACCACCAGACACGCAAUCAUCAUGCGUAACAACCACCAAUGUGACGAUCCCAAGCGCCCAAAACUGCGCGCCAUCACAAAGACAGAACACCGUGGUUUCCGUGACAACUACAACAACACUGACACCAACAACAACCAAUAACAAGGCAUGUAGCUCGGCUGGAACUUUUGCCUGUGUGGUUGUUGCUGUUGUUACUUCUAUCACCACUACUUUCACUACUACGAUCACAACUACAGAAGCAACAGUUUCAUCAUCUGGCAGUGAGUGA